UCAGACAGCACUUCCAGGAAGGCAGCCACGUGUAGAAGCUGGGGAGCACUCCCCACCCUAGGCCCCAGCAGCCCCAUGCCUGGUCUGUGAUUUACUGCAGAACCCCUAACUCCUGGACCUAGUAAGGUGCUCAAUACAUAUGACUUGGAUGAAUGGAUGGAAGAAUAAAUGAAGUCCUUCAAUGGAGGAAGGUGGGCACAUUUCUUGCUUGUUCUAGGAAGAAGUUCAGAUGUCCGUGGUUGUUCUCCAAAAGAAGUCACCAUGGCUCUUCUUCACCACCAGUCCCGCAGGAGUGGGCAGCAUGGGGUUGCUGGGGCCCGGGGGGCUCCCCGGCUUCUACGCGCAACCCACCUUCCUGGAAGUGCUGUCGGAUCCGCAGAGCGUCCACUUGCAGCCGCUGGGCAGAGCGUCGGGGCCGCUGGACACCAGCCAGACAGCUAGCUCCGAUUCUGAAGAUGUUUCCUCCAGCGAUCGAAAAAUGUCCAAAUCGGCUUUAAACCAGACCAAGAAACGAAAGAAGCGGCGACACAGGACAAUCUUUACCUCCUACCAGCUAGAAGAGCUGGAGAAGGCAUUCAACGAGGCCCACUACCCAGAUGUCUAUGCCCGGGAGAUGCUGGCCAUGAAAACAGAGCUGCCAGAAGACAGGAUACAGGUCUGGUUCCAGAACCGCAGAGCCAAGUGGAGGAAGCGAGAGAAGUGCUGGGGCCGGAGCAGCGUCAUGGCGGAGUAUGGGCUGUAUGGGGCCAUGGUGCGGCACUCCAUCCCCCUGCCUGAGUCCAUCCUCAAGUCUGCCAAGGAUGGCAUCAUGGACUCCUGUGCCCCAUGGCUGCUGGUUCAAGAUGGCUUUCCCAGGCGCUUUUCUAAACCCGAAUACCAACAAUUCUUUUUAGGGAUGCACAAAAAAUCGCUGGAGGCAGCAGCGGAGUCGGGGAGGAAGCCCGAGGCGGAACAGCAGGCCCUGCCCAAACUGGACAAGAUGGAGCAGGAGGAGCGGGGCCCCGACCCUCCGGCGGCCAUGUCCCAGGAGGAACUGAGGGAGAACAGCAUUGCAGCGCUCCGAGCCAGAGCUCAGGAGCACAGCACCAAAGUGCUGGGGACUGUGUCUGGACCCAACAGCCUGGCCCGGAAUGUCCAGGAGCCAGAGGAGGAGGAGGCCAUGGACGAAGACAGGCCAGCGGAGAAGCUGAGUCCGCCGCAGCUUGAGGACAUGGCUUAGGUCAAGGGCGCGCUGCCCGUGGAGCCCCAGGACUCUGCGCUUCUCCAGGCCUGUGGUGCUGGGAGGUGUUCUCUGAGGCAGGGCCCAGCCUGGCCUUUGCUACCCUCCCGCUGCCCCACAGGCCCUCCAUGACCCCCCGGGUGACUUCAGGCACAACUCACUUCUGGCCAAGGCUUUGGGCCAUGCUGAGAUAUCCCCUAGCUAGCUAGUCUUGACCUCUUUAGCAGCCUCGUCAUCUCAACAGCCCUGCCUCAGAAACCUUCUUGCUACCCCAAACCACCCCUUCCAGCCAUGCUCACUCAAUCCCUUGGCAACUCUCACUGUCCAAAUCCACUCCUCACUCUGUUCUCUUGCUCUAAGAGCCCUCCCUCCCAGCUCUAACCCCAGGGGGAGUUCUGUUCCCCCCAGGCUCACAGCCCUGUCAGGGAUUGAGGACCCACACUCCAGAGCCGAUGACCUGAGCGCUCCAGUCCUUGGCCAAAUUCUGCUCCCCUCUGCCUGUUCCUUCCCUUGGGUCUGGGCAUAGGCUUCUGCCAUGUGAAUGUACUGCCCUGUAGGCCUAGGUACAACCUCUGCUCUACCCCAUCAAUGGGGCCCAGAGUACUGGUUAAAUUUGGGAAGUCUCAGCCUGGGCCACUUGGCCACCCUCCGUCUCACGUUCUCCAUGGUCACCCUCAGGAACCCUAACCCUUUCCACACUCAGCCGGGCCCAUCAUUCCUCCCAGCACAGGUGCCAGUACUGCAUGUGACGAUGUACAAUACCUGUAGUGACUCCAGGGUCUGUGCUCUGCAGCCAGGGGGCACCUCUCACAAAUGCUGUGUCUCUCUGCACUAUUGGGAAUCCAAGCCCUCUGCUCCGUGCCCUUGGGGCUGUGUUCUGAAGCAUCCUGACUCCCCUGAAACGCUGCCUGGAACCCUGACUUGCUAUGCAAGGCACUCUUCACCUAGAGCUUCUAGCAAAUUAUUGCUUUGCAUGUGCCCUGCCUUGGAGCAACCCAAUCCAAGCUGUUAAAUGAACACCUAGGAAGCCACAGACCUUGACUCAACUUCACCCAGGCUGUCCUUGGGAGGCCAAGCCUGGAGUCGGCCUGGGGCUAUAUGUAGUCAUCAUAUGGUCACAAGAAGGGAAUGAGAAAAGGCUCAAAGGAGAGUAAGUGUUAGACCCAAACUAAGCAACAGGCACUCACACCUUCAAGCUGGGUGUAUGCUGUGUACAUGUUCACUAUGAAUAAGACAGAGACAGUGACCGUGUUGGAAUAGGGGGCUGGGGGCUUCUUCCUGGCUGCUGAUGAGAGGACCUGUCCAUACUGAUGGCCUCUCCAGAGCUGCCCCUCCACCCCCAGGCCAGGGACAUAUCCCCCUCACUCCCAUGACAUUCUUUACCAUCCCACCUCCUUUGCAGGGAAUAUCUCAAGAGAGAAAGGCCUGAGACAAUGAGUUGGGAUUUUAAUUCCACAUCAAAAGUUGAUUUCUUCUUUAUUCCAUUCAUGGAACUUUCCCCCAGUUCUUCUUGUCUUUGUCCCCUGUUGGUUUGAAGUGUUAGACUGUAGCCCCUCGUGUGUAAAUAAUGUACAUAGAGUGAGAAGAAAGAAUCUUGAUAUUGAGGUGUUUGAAAUAUGGAACUGUAAUAACUUCUAGGUAUUCUAAACCUGUGACUUCUGUGCCAUUUUCUGUAAAGAUAUAAGUAAGAAUAAAAUUGAUGUAAAAACA